ACGUAAAUUCAGCGCGUAGCCUUGGACCCUGUGGAUAGGAGGGGAUCGUCGCCUUUUGGAGAUAACAGACUCUGGGCCUCCUCCUCUGCACCAGAUGAUACAUGGAGUGAUACGUGACACAUAUUGAGAGAAUGGCGGCCCCACUGAAGCCCUGGGAGAGGAAUAUACCCGUUAACCAGAGGCAGCCAAGCUUCAACCCCGACCUGACUAAUUCAUUUGUCACAACACCUCCACACAUGGCCCAGAGUGGAGGGGGUGGAGGAGUCAGUGCCAGCAACCUCUCCUCGAAUUAUCAGCCUCCUCUCCCCCCCCGACCCACAAACUAUGGGACCAGCACUCCCGCCUAUCGAAGCUACAACUCCUUUGGCACAUAUGGAGGCUUUGGAGGUUCCCCGUACUAUGGGGGAGGAAUGGGGGCAUUUGGGGGCUAUGGCGGGUAUGGGGGAUACAACCGAUUAGGAAUGGGAGGGGAGCUGGGUCCCGAUGAAAAUGGAUUUAUACAGGCUGCCGAGGAAAGUUCGAGACAAGCCUUCCAAAGUAUAGAAAGUAUUGUUCAUGCCUUUGGCUCAGUUAGUAUGAUGCUUGAGUCCACCUACCAUGCUGUUCACAGUUCCUUCCGGGCAGUGCUUGGAGUCGCAGAGCAUUUUUCCAGAAUGAAGUCCCACUUUGCUCAGAUUUUUUCAGCAUUAGCAGUAGUCAGAACUCUGCGAUGGCUGUAUAGAAAACUUUUAUAUAUUAUAGGGCUAAGAAGUCAGGACCCCAACCUGGAGGCCAUCUGGCAUGCUGCGGGAAGUGCCCCCCAGUCUCCUGCAGGGCCCCUCACUGAAGCCGACCUCAAAGCCUCCAGGUCUUCGUGGCCAAUUGUCAUGUUUUUGGCUGUGGUUUUCGGUGGCCCAUAUCUUAUCUGGCGCCUCUUGUCCUCACUGGCGCCAACUGUCAAGUCAAAGACUAAGGCCUGGGUAACAGGGGAGGGAGAGCACUAUGCUGCUGUCGGUGCUUAUAAUUUUCAGGCUGGAAACCAAAAAGAACUUUCCUUCAGUGCUGGCCAAUAUUUGUUUUUAGCCCCCAAGAAUCAGCAGCCCAAUGUGCGGGGAUGGCUCUUAGCAUCUAACAAGAAAAACACUGGUCUAGUCCCAGCCAAUUACAUCAAGAUUUUGGGUCUGCGACAGGGGUCACCUGCAGCCAGUAACAAUGUAUCUAAACAAGAUGGUUCAGGAACAGGGAUCACAAGUAAUAGGGGCACCAGGAGUAUAACUUCUGGGAUUUCCAGUAUGCCGCAUUCAGCACUUCCUGCACUGUCCGAAGCUCAAAGCUCAUCAGAUGAAUAUCAUGUAAUAGACGUUGGGAAGUCUGAAAAGUUGAGUAUGAGUCAGCCCACCCAGCAAACUGCUCCAGUACAUGAACUGUCAACACCAACCCCUACUCAGCCUCUGGUUUCCCAAGAAAAUGAAAAAAGUGACGUACCAGGUCUACAUGACAGUGGUAAUUUUGCUCAGGGAUGCGCUAAUUAUACUGACAGUGCAGUGAAUGAGCUGCCGCAGACAGAUAUGCCAGACUGUGAUGAGGACAAAAGUGUUGAUCUGCUUCCGACCACAAGUGCGGCUGAUGAUACCAAAGAUGAUAGUCAGAAACUACUUGAAAAUAAGACUUAAUAUGAUGGGAACUGUAAUAGUAUAACAUUUUAUGGCAUUAAAUGCUAGGUAAAGUAUGGCAGGCAAACUUUACUAUAUUUACUUAUAAUCUUGAGAUGUAUUAUUAAGAUAUAAGUGACAAUAAUUGAUGUGUUUUCUUGUCUUACAACUUUUCAUUUCACAUUACUCAGUCUCUAAUUAUUACAUAAUUGGUAAGGACAGACCUGUAAUAAUGAUUUUCACAUCUUACAUGAUACUUGGUAGUAAAACCCUAGUAGAAUAAUUGUUUUCUAGUCAUCAGAUGUUAUAAAUAGCUGGUUACAUGCACACUUGUAUACAAACAUGUUGACAUAUAUGCACACAUCGAGAGAGAGAGAGAGAGAGAGAGAGACACACACACACACACACACACACACACACACACACACACACACACACACACACACACACACACACACACACACACACACACACACACACACACACACACACACACACACACACACACACACACACACUCUUAUAUAUAGAUACAGAGACAGAGAGAAAUAGAGCCAGUCACAAAGAGAUAAAGAGAUAAAUAGAGAGAUUGUGAGAGAGGGAUACAUCUAAAAUCACAUAAUUGUUAUAUUAACAAUAUCAUGGGAGACAUGUGAAAGUCUUUUGAGAUGUCUUAUUUGUAUUUAGAAAAUAUGGGAUAUGUAUAUACUAUAGGAUAUGAGGAUUUUUUUUCUGAACAAACAUCAAUGUAAACACUACAAUGCUGAAUAGAAAAAAAGAAAGAAACGUGUUUA